AGCACUCUCCCCAUCGUGUCCACAGCCCACUUCUCUCUCUUAUUUGCGUGAGAUCCAGAGAGUGAGUUUGUUAGAAAUUUGAUCGGUAUCAGCAGCAGCCAUGUCUUUGCUUGUUGAGAAGACCAGUUCUGGCCGGGAGUACAAGGUCAAGGACAUGUCUCAGGCGGACUUCGGCCGUCUGGAGAUCGAGCUUGCGGAGGUUGAGAUGCCAGGCCUCAUGUCUUGCAGGACUGAGUUCGGACCCCAGCAGCCAUUCAAGGGUGCCAAGAUCACUGGCUCACUCCACAUGACCAUCCAGACUGCCGUCCUUAUCGAGACCCUCACCGCCCUUGGCGCCGAGGUCCGCUGGUGCUCCUGCAAUAUCUUCUCCACCCAGGACCACGCCGCCGCUGCCAUUGCCCGCGACAGCGCCGCCGUCUUCGCCUGGAAGGGCGAGACCCUACAGGAGUACUGGUGGUGCACGGAGCGGGCCCUCGACUGGGGUCCCGGUGGCGGCCCCGAUCUCAUCGUGGACGACGGCGGCGACGCUACCUUGUUGAUCCACGAGGGGGUCAAGGCUGAGGAGGAGUACGCCAAGAGCGGCAAGUUACCGGACCCCUCCUCCACCGACAAUGCUGAGUUUCAGAUCGUUUUGACCAUUAUUAGGGACGGAUUGAAGACAGAUCCGAAGAGAUAUCACAAGAUGAAGGGGAGAUUGGUUGGUGUUUCUGAGGAGACCACCACCGGUGUUAAGAGGCUUUACCAGAUGCAAGCUAACGGCACUUUGCUUUUCCCUGCUAUUAAUGUCAAUGACUCUGUCACCAAGAGCAAGUUCGACAAUUUGUAUGGAUGCCGCCAUUCACUCCCUGAUGGGCUGAUGAGAGCUACGGACGUGAUGAUUGCCGGAAAGGUUGCAGUUGUAUGCGGAUACGGAGAUGUGGGCAAGGGCUGCGCUGCUGCCCUGAAGCAAGCUGGAGCCCGGGUGAUCGUGACGGAGAUAGAUCCGAUCUGUGCUCUGCAGGCCCUGAUGGAGGGUAUCCCGGUUCAAACCAUUGAGGAUGUCGUCUCUGAAGCAGACAUCUUCGUGACCACCACCGGUAACAAGGACAUCAUCAUGGUUGACCACAUGAGGAAGAUGAAGAACAAUGCAAUUGUUUGCAACAUUGGCCACUUCGACAACGAGAUUGACAUGUUAGGGCUGGAGACAUACCCGGGUGUGAAGAGAAUCACCAUCAAGCCCCAAACUGAUAGGUGGGUGUUCCCUGAUACCAAUUCGGGCAUCAUAGUGUUGGCAGAGGGGCGACUCAUGAACUUGGGUUGCGCCACUGGCCACCCCAGCUUUGUGAUGUCAUGCUCGUUCACCAACCAGGUGAUUGCACAGCUGGAGCUGUGGAAGGAGAAGGCCAGUGGCAAGUAUGAGAAGAAGGUGUAUGUGUUGCCAAAGCAUCUCGACGAGAAGGUUGCUGCGCUUCACCUUGGGAAGCUUGGGGCCAAGCUCACCAAGCUUAGCAAGGACCAGGCUGACUACAUCAGUGUGCCCAUUGAGGGUCCUUACAAGCCUCCUCACUACAGGUACUGAGAGAGAAGACCCACAGAUAUGUGGAUGGGCUUGAUUUGCCUUCUUUUACAAUCUGAUUUAUGUUAGAAUUAUAGGUUUGAUUUUUGCAUUUUUUUUUUCCUGUCAUGGGGGUUGUUUGGGGUUUGGGAAGAAAAAGAAGAGAGAGAAAAAACCGAGAUCGGUGUCUUCCGUUGAAGAAGAUGAGCAGAUGUGGGGAUUCAAUAAGGAUUGUGAUUGAGGGCUGUGUGUGAGAGAGUAUUCUGGUUAAAAACCAAAAAAGAGAGAAAAAAAUAUUUUAUAUGUCAGUUGUUUUCACUUAUGCUUUUCGUUUAUUUCAAGAUGAAAUAAGUCAAUUACACAAAUUACACAAAA